CACAGCCUAACAAUCGCUUACUCUGUUAUCAACUAAUUCAGACAAGACCACUUUCUGAUAAUAAUAGUCUUGUGCAUAACCAAUCCAAGCAUGGGCACGCCAAUGUAUUAACCGAAAUAUAUGUGUUUAUUAUUAACAUAAUACAAAUUAUAUAUGUACACAACUGAAGGUCGUAAAAUGUUGCUUUUGCUGGAUUGGCGCAUCCUGUAAAAACACAACACCCCUACAUGAGCUGACUGAUAUAGCGAUGACCGUUACGUCACAUGCACAUGCAAAUUCACACAAAGAUGGCGGCCUUCAUGAGACGCAUGGGCCACGAUGUCUUCAGAUUCGGACAAAGUUCAUACUUUGUGAACGGACAUUGUAAUCCUGUUGUAAACUCAAAGCGAUAUGUGCGAGCACUCAAGAGGAAACCGGUAAAGGUGAUCUAUCCAGAUGGGGAAGAAGAGACUCUGACUAAAACUAAUCAAACGCAUGGUCAUCAGAAAGGGACGUUACAUUCCAGGAAAAGCAACAAAGAUGAGAUUGAAACUGGCACUAAAACACGUGUUCAUGGCAGAACAGUGACCCAGUCCAACGACAUACAAUCAAAAAUAAGUAACGAAUCGCGACCUCUGAGUAAGGUCGAACAAAUGGAUGGAUUUCGGUUUGAGAAAGCCCUGCCCGACGAUAAGCGACUGUCGAAGCUGGUGACCAUUGCACGCUCCAGAACGUACCGGGAGCAUCAAGGCAAGAUCCUGCUCGAGGGGAGACGUCUCAUUUGUGAUGCCUUGGCAGCUGGAGCCAAGCCCCAGACCUUGUUCUUCAGCUCGAUCGAACGUCUCAGUGAGCUUCCUAUGGACAAACUUAAGCGAGCAAACCUAGUUAAAGUCAAGUUUGAAGACAUAAAGAAAUGGUCUGAACUCAUCGCCCCACAAGGAGUAAUAGCCAUAUUUUCAAGACCAGAUGUGCACCAGCUUGCAUUUCCGAAGGAUCAACGAGUUCAGUCAAUGCCACUGUCUUUGAUUUGUGACAACAUCCGUGACCCUGGCAACUUGGGCACCAUCCUACGAAGUGCUGCCGCUGCUGGCUGUGACCGUGUGCUACUUUCCAAAGGCUGCGUGGACAUCUGGGAGCCCAAGGUGUUACGAGCGGCGAUGGGGGCACACUUCCGCCUCCCCAUCUUCCCCAGUUUGACGUGGGACGACGUCUCUUCUCACCUCCCAAAGGAUGUCGCUGUGCACCUGGCCGACAACUGCAGCAGCCCGGUCAGAGACGUCGACGCCCAAUCCAGCCAGCUCAGGAAGCCAAGUGACUAUGGUUGGGUGAGCAGUAGGAGAGCGAAGCAACAGUGCUAUGACCAGGACCACAGUGAUUCGGACUCUGAGGAUGAAGUCGACUCGAAUGAGGAGGUAGAUGAGGUGCCCCAGGUGGAGCCCAAGCUGUACCAUGACUCCUGGGCCCAGAGAGGCACGGCACUGGUGAUUGGUGGAGAGACACUCGGACUGAGCUUGGAGUCGCUCCGAUUGGCUGAGCGAACGGAUGGUCGACGACUGUAUGUGCCCUUGGCUCAUGGCGUGGACAGCUUGAACUCUGCUAUGGCAGCCAGUAUUCUGCUGUUUGAAGGCAGGAGGCAACUCUUGAAGUUACUGGAGAGGCCUGAGAGGAGAGUCAGAAACUGAACACCGCCAGCACUUAGCACUUUUCAAACAGUUGAAACGGACUCCACUCCUGUCUUGUUUCCCACAAGUCACAAUAAAUCAGAUAUAUGGUAUCUCUACCCUCUUGUAAUAAAAAUAUUCACAAACAAAGGAUAAAUGCAUCAGACUUAAAAAAUAAUGGAAUGCCAUAACUUCAUUUUGUAAAGACCCACAAAAGUGAAUCAAAUGUAUGUGGAGCAAAUAUUCGUUUUUCUGUCUUUGUAUAGUAUUGUAACUGUACAUAAUGAUCCGUAUUUACAUACUGUAUAUAAAUCACGUGGUUGUAAUAUUU